AUGAGCUCGGGAAAGGAUUCAGGACUACAGGAAGUAGACCUGUCUACGGUACCCUUGGAAAACGGCAACAAUGCGAGCAAAAUCUCUGCCAAACGAUUCACACCAGUGGCUGGCAAGAAAGGAGCUUCAGAUGCGGCUGAAAAGGAAGCAGAUCGUACCAAGCAUGUUGAUAUUACGGAACACUUGAUGCCAAUUGAUGAAGUCCUUGCAACGUACAAAACAGCUGUAAAUUCAUCGCAUCCAGUCGAAUCUCCUGGUUUAUCGAAUGACGAGGCAAAAGCUCGUCUUUUGCGAGAUGGACCCAAUAUGCUAUCACCACCAAAGAAGAGGAAUGUUAUCUUACGUUUCUUGGAUAUCUUGCUUGGCCUGUUCAACUUGAUGUUGUUGUUGUCGGGUGCCGCUGCUUAUAUCUUAUACGGUAUUGACCCUGCUGACAACUUCCAAAACGUCUAUCUCGGUGCCAUUCUGAUUGCUGUUGCCUUCAUGAACGCUGGAAUUGAAUUCUACCAAAUACAAAAGUCUCAAGCUAUCCUUGAAUCAUUCUUGAACUUGAUCCCUGCCAAGUCAUAUGUAGUCCGUAGCGGAAAGCUCGCUCAAAUCUCUGCUGUCGAGCUAGUCAAGGGUGACAUUGUUUACAUUAGGAUGGGUGACAAGGUCCCCGCCGAUGUCAUCUUGUUUGCCUCAACUGAAUUGAAGGUGGACAACUCUUCAUUGACUGGAGAAGCUGAACCACAGGAACGUAAUAAGAACAACACUAUGACAUCACCCUUGGAAGCCCACAACUUGGUCUUCAAUGGUACUCUUGCUGUUAACGGCGAAGGAUAUGGUAUUGUCAUUCGAACUGGUGAUUACACCGUCAUUGGUCAAAUCGCCUCAUUGACUUCUAACGAACAACGUCGAAGCUCUCCAUUGUCAAGUGAAAUCGACGCCUUCGUACAUAUCAUUGCUGCUGUAGCUGGUGUUGUUGCCAUCAUCUUCUUCUUGAUUGGUCUACUGGGCAAAGGCCUCGGCUUCUCUUACUCUCUCAACUUUGCUAUCGGUACUUUCGUGUCGUUCGUACCUGAAGGUUUACCUGCGACAGUGACCAUGUUGCUCACAUUUGCUGCUAAACGUAUGGCUGGCAGGAACGUUCUUGUAAAGGAUUUGCAAGGAGUAGAGACUCUAGGUGCCAUUACCCUUCUAGCAACAGACAAGACUGGAACUCUCACCCGUAAUCAAAUGACUGUCACUUAUAUGUGGACCGGGGGUGUUCGAUACUAUGCCCAAGAUAUGGCGGCAGGCUCAGCAGAAUCUCAAACUUCUGAACCAUUGAAUGUCGGUGCAUCAGGAGUACAGGAGCUUCUAUAUAUGUCUGCCUUGUGUAGUAGAGCCAAGUUUGAUCGUGACGACGUCCCAGUCGAUCAACGUCAAGUAGUUGGUGAUGCCACUGAAGCUGGUUUACUCAAAUGUGCAGCAACGAAGCUUUCUGACUUUGAUGGUCUGCCAAGAACUUUCCCCAAAGUCUUUGAGAUUCCAUUCAACUCUGAAACUAAAUGGCACAUGUCUAUUCAUCAAAAGGCUCAUGCUAAUGGUGAUUUGAUGCUCUACAUUAAAGGUGCUCCCGAACGUAUCUUGAAGCUCUGUAAUCAAAUCUGGAAUGGUGAAUCCAUCGUUCCCAUCACUGAUGCUGACUUGGCCAAAUUCGAUGAAAUGUACAAGUUCAUGGCAUCAAAAGGACACCGUGUAUUAGCUUUCGCUGCACUACCAUUGCCGCGUACCGAAUUUCCUGCCAACUUUGAAUUUACUAAAGAGCCACCAACUUACCCCUCUAAGGACUUUGCUUUCUAUGGUCUCAUAUCUCUAGAAGAUCCACCCAAGCAUGGUGUCCGUGAAGCUAUUGGUCACUGUCGUGAAGCCGGUAUCCGUGUCAUGAUGGUAACUGGUGAUCAUCCUCUAACAGCCGAGGCCAUUGGACGCAAAAUCAAUUUGAUGCUUGAAGACACUCGUGAAAUGGUCGCAGCUAAGAAGGGUAAAGCAAUUGAAGCAGUCAAGGAAGAUGAAUAUGAUGCCAUUGUCAUCCACGGUGAAAUGAUCGAUUCCAUGACUGAUGCAGACUGGAAUCGUGUCUUUAACAAGCGUGAAAUCAUCUUUGCUCGUACAUCUCCACGUCACAAGCUGGAUAUUGUUAAACGAGCUCAAUCUCGCGGUGAAAUUGUUGGUGUCACUGGUGACGGUGUCAAUGACAGUCCUGCCUUGAAGAAGGCUGAUUUGGGUAUCGCUAUGAAUCAAUCUGGCUCUGAUGUAUCCAAGGAGGCUGCUGCGAUGAUCUUGUUGGAUGAUAACUUUGCCUCUUGUGUCAAUGGUAUUGAAGAAGGACGUCUCAUCUUCCAAAACUUGAAGAAAUCUAUCCAAUAUACCGUCACCCACACUAUGCCCGAAGUAUACGCCAACUUGUUCUUCUUACUGGUUCCUCUACCCCUGCCAUUGUCAUCAGUCCUCAUUCUCGUUGUCGAUCUUGGUUUCGAGUUAUUCAUUGCUCUAGCGUACGCUUUCGAUCCAGCAGAAACGAAGACAGGUCUCAUGAAGCUCCGUCCUCGUAAACCUGUCACGCCGGCCUCUAUUGCUCGUUUCCGCCGAGAUGAAGGACGUAAACUUCGAGCCUCUGCUUCAGACGCUGAUAAAAAGCCUGGAAUUAUUGAACAUACCAUCCACCACUUGAAGUCAAUGAAACGAAUGUUUACUCGUCAAUACUGGUCUGAACUGAUGGAAGACAAGGAAGAGGAAGUACUAGUAGAUCAAUCGCUUCUCGCCUGGGCAUAUCUCGAAGCUGGAACAAUCCAAACCAUUGGUUGUUUUGUCAGUUUCUUUGUAGUCCAGUAUUACUACUUUGGAAUCACUCCGUUUGAUCUUCAACAAAAUGCUACAGAUUGGGGUAAAGCUGAUAUUCCUCUUGCUCGUGGUGGUAUUCUCACUUCUGCUCAACAAAACACUUCCUUGGCUUACGGUCAAUCCAUGUACUAUCUCGCUAUCAUGUUCCAACAAGCCUUCAACCACUUCAUCUGUAAAGCCAGACUUGGUCUGCCAUGGGGAUCCUUCAUGCUUGCAAACAAGUACAGUUUCUAUGGAUUGGCUGCUGGUGCCACCUUCACCUUGGCCAUCGUCUAUAUUCCACCCUUCAACAUUGCUUUCGGAACAGAAUACCACUUGUUGCCUCUCUUCUGGCUCAUCCCCAUUGGAUUUGGAAUUCUCUUAUACGUAUAUGCCAUUGUUCGGACUAUUAUUAUUCGCAUGCGUUCGCCUGUUAGAUACAACCCGGACAUAUCAGGGUUGCAGAUGUAUGCUACUCGUUGGUCGGUGCGCGGUGCCACUGGUGCGUAA